GUUACAUUACGAGGCCAAAGAAAGUAUCGCCUGGCUGGCUCGCGUAUUUCGCGUUCGUCGCUCGCCGAGUCCACACGUGCUGCUGCUGCUAACGGUCGUGAUCGGUGAUCGUGAUCCGUGAUCCGGUGCCCAGUGUGCGCUGUCCAGUCCCCCCACACAACAAAAGUUGUUAAAAUAAAUCAGUUUCAAAUAAAAUAGAAAAUCAAUUGAGUAACACCAUCCGAAGUGCUUACAAGUGUUAGUGCAUUUUUUUUUUAUUGUUGUUGUUGCCACUGCCUGUUACCGUUACUUGCUUAAGCUUAGCAAGACACCGAGAAAGAGAAAGAACGAGAAGAGAAGUUGAGAAGAAACGUCCCCGCGAAAGCCGGGAUUGCACAAAAGCACGGAGACAUAAGGAGUCCAGAGCAGCUGCAUCACAUUCAGCUGUGUCUUGACCUUCGGAAAGAUUACUCUUUAUCGUUCCGAUCGCCACGCCCACAGCCCCAACAUGUGGAGCCCACAAAAAGGCCCUACACGACUGUGGGACCUUAGGUUUAGUAGCUGUAUAUUUAUCUUACACUUAAUGUUUAGUUUAGUCAUAGCUGGUAAUGAACUGUGGCCCAUGGAGCGGCCAGACGGGAUGCCCAAUAUCGUCUCACUGGAGGUGAUGUGCGGCAAGGAUCACAUGGAUGUACAUCUCACCUUCUCGCACCCGUUCGAGGGCAUCGUCAGCUCCAAAGGACAACACAGCGAUCCGCGCUGCGUCUACGUGCCGCCCUCCUCGGGCAAAACGUUCUUCUCAUUCCGCAUCUCGUACUCCCGCUGCGGCACCAAGCCGGAUCUCAACGGACAGUUCUACGAGAAUACGGUGGUGGUGCAGUACGAUAAGGAUCUGCUGGAAGUUUGGGACGAGGCCAAGCGACUGCGCUGCGAGUGGUUCAAUGACUACGAGAAGACCGCCUCCAAGCCACCGAUGGUGAUUGCCGAUCUCGAUGUUAUACAGCUCGACUUCCGAGGUGACAAUGUGGACUGCUGGAUGGAGAUUCAGCACGGCAAGGGACCCUGGGCGCCGCCAGUGAGUGGAAUUGUACCACUCGGCUCGACUUUGACGCUGGUGGUGGCCAUCAAUGAUUAUCGAGGCGAAUUCGAUAUGCGUGUGAAAUCCUGCGUGGCCUCCGAUGGAUCUGGUCAUGUGAUCAACCUGUCCGAUGAGUUUGGCUGCGUGCUGCGCCCCAAGAUGAUCUCUCGCUUCCUAAAGGCCCGUGCUCCCGACGAGAGGGCCACCGUGAUCACCUACGCCUUCUUCCACGCCUUCAAGUUCCCGGACGCCCUGAGUGUGCACAUCAAGUGCAAGGUGGAGAUCUGCCGGCACGGCUGCCUCGAUCAUUGCCAGAAUACGGGCGUGGGCGGUGGUCAUGGCGGCGGUUCCGCCGAGAGUCUGGGCUUGGGUCUCGGCCUGGGACUGACCAAUGCCAAUGAGCGCAAGGAUGUGCACAUGUCGGAUGCAAUGGGCAGCAGUAGCAACGAUCUGCUCAGGGAUUUGGCACUGCCGCCGGGCGGGCAACAUGGCAUGGGAAUGGGUCCGGAUCACGACAUCUUCUACGAGGACAUCAUCCACGACCACAAGCAAACGCUGGGCGGCGGAGGAUUGCCAGCUGGCGGGGAUUAUGGUCACGAGAAGAGUGUCAAUCUGCAGCCACGCCCCGUGCACGAGGAGCAGGAGGAGGUGGAUCUCUCAGAUCUGUUUGGCGACGAAGAUCUCGCCGACUUGGACAUGGAAGGCAGCGAGGGCGAGCGGUACUUGGGCCUGAAGAAGAGCGGCAAGUUCCCACACGGUCCCCGCCAGCUGGAGGCCCAGAAACGCAUGGGUGUGCCGAUGGCGGGACCUCGUUCCCUGGAGCCACAUGGCCAUGGGGAUGAGGACGUGCCGCGACCCGUCUACAGGCCACAGGCGGAGGCGUUGAAGCAGCCACGCGAAGAUCACAUCGAUUUGGACAAGGAGGAGGAGGAGAAGGGGCAAAAGACGCAGCAGGAGGACAAGCUGGCAGGAGAAGCAGGUGCAGCAGGUGGAGCAGCCAGCAAUGAUUCCUCCAAGAGCCGUCGCCGUCGGUCGUUGGUCAUUUCCGAUCGCAAGGUGCGCAGUGCCGACGUGGGCGUCAGCGGUCUGUACGACGUUAUAUCCGAAGCGGACCUGGCCUUCUCGCCGGACUCCAAGCAGGAGGCGGUCACCGUGUUCCAGGGCAAGAUCAGCGAGGAAGUCGUCUACGGCAUUUGCAUGCCGGUGCCCGGCUUCAGCAUUCUGUUCAUCGUUGUCAUCUCGGCAACGAUCGUGUCCGCUCUGGUGGCCGGUUCCCUGCUCUAUCGCUAUCAGCUGCAAAAGGAGGCGCUGGAGAAGCAGACGCCCAUGCCGGUGACCGGAACACUGGCCUCCUGGAUGACCCUGCGACUCUUCCGCCUGCGCCACAUGCAACAGCAGCAACAGCAGCAGCAACAACAGCAGCAGCAGCAGCAACAAGUGAGGCAGCCGAGUUCAGGACAUGAAACGGUCCAGUGAUCGUCCAGGAUCGAGAUAUAGAUCGCAAUCAGAAUCGGAUUGAGAAUCGGAAUCGGAAUCGGAAUAGCAAGCGAAAGCGAAUUCAAAAACGAUAUGGAAACCAGCAAAAAGCAAAAUCAAAUAACGUUGCCCACAUC